AUGCUGCGCAUGCUCGACGUAGCCUGGCUGAAUUUAGUGACGCAAUCUGUCUUCAGCGCAAAAGAGAAGUCACUUACAAUCAUCAGAGCUUCCAAGCAGCAGAUAGAACCCGGCGCGGUGCCAAAGCCCCACAUGAGGGUCAACGAGAAGAUUGCGGCAGACGGAAACUGGCGUAAGGUCCCUGUAUCCGAGGGAUUCGACGGCUGGAAGUGUUCUGCUUGUUAUCAGAAAGAGCGAAAAAGGUUGGCUAAGCUCUUGUCCACGGUUGCUACCACUGAAUUCGUCGUCCACAAGAAAAUCAGGCGUGCUCGACCUCAGCCUGUGGCACUCUCCGAACGGAUGCGUAAACUGGGCGAUGAUAAAUUCGACAAUGGUAUUCAGCACAUGACUAACUCCGAUAUUUAUCUUGGCCGCGAUGCUGAACAUCUCCGCGUCAUGGUUGAUUCAAUAAAAGAGAUUGCCUACAACAUUCGAGGCGAGGACUCUGCACGGAAUGAGAAUGCCACUCGAGUUUCGACCGCCCAUUUGGAUAUUCUUGAAUCGACUCUCGAUCGUCUGAAACGUCUCCCAAAGCAAUCCGACCGCCAGUGUGUUAUGUGGUUCCACAGGAACAAUUAUCUUGAUGGUAAACUUCAGUCCUAUCAUUACUACGUCAGACAGGCAUCUUCUAUCCGGUACGUCGGCGUGUCAUGGUCACCGCAGUGUGAUGAGACCACAGCGCAGAGCAUUGCGCAUACGGUAGCACGAAUCCUGAAUAGGUGGCCAGUGGACCUGGACUUGAUGGCCACGUUGUGCCACCCUGAUGACGAAUCGCGGCGCAUUACCCGAACACUCUGGCAGCAUGGGCCACCUAUGGGACAGAAGAUCAUCAGAGCUUUGGAGCGCCUCCAAACCCUGAAGCCAUUGGUUCGAUACCGUAUCCCAUCGCCUAUGUAUCAUGAGCAGGAGAUGGUCACGAAGAGCUUUUUCGAUUCUUCCAUUCAGCCCAGUGAGUUCGUAAUGCCGAGCCACAAAGAUAUGGCCGCAGUGGUCAUCACGCGUCAAUUGGAAGAAGAUUCAGGGUCUCCUUUCACGAACAGCUUGCUAGUGGAUGCGUUCGGAUUUGUCGAUGAUGGCGCAUCUGUCGAAAGUUCCCAGCAAGAUGCUAGCCAGACUGGCGAGGCCAGCCAUCUUGAGCAGACCUUCACCGCGGCUCAAGAACAUUUCCUCGCCAAAUAUCGCAACCCGGAGGCUCUUACAGGUGCUACUGGCGGCUUUAGACUCAUGCAAGCAGCUUCUCUACGUGGCGAUCAAGUAUCGUUCAACGAGGCUCGUGCAGAGCUGCGCCGUUUGGAAAAUGGGGAUGUCACUCAGAUUGCGGGUGUAAAUGGCGUCACAUCGCUUGAUGGCAUGUAUCAUGUCGCGGACAAGGACAACGAGGUGUUCGAAAGUGUCAAAGCCGACGCAUACACCUGCAUUGGCGAUCUAGCAACCUUCUAUAACAUCGCUACCCUCGAACCACAGGCAACUGCCACCGAAAUCACUGUAAAGGCAGAUUCUAGCUCUCAGCACACCUAG